CUGUUCCCUGCAGGAAGUUAACUUUGUCAUAUUUAAGGAUAAGCCUGGCUGUCCUCUUGCCCUCCACCCACUCCCGGCCUCAGAUGUCUGUGGUUGAAAGCGCAGCCUGUGGGAUCAGCUGGGCUUUGAUUUUCUGUUUGACGCUUUCCAACAGUGUGACUUAGGGGAAGUUGCUUAGCCUGUUUCUGGGUUUCUCCACCUGCAACGUGGGGAUAAUAACAGCCCCUGCCUCCUAGGAUUACUGCGAAGACUAAGAGCAAGCUAAAGGGCCCACUGUAGUAUAAAAGUACAAACAAUGGCCGACAACAGUGUAUUAAUAUCUGCUGCUGGGAGGACUAGCUUGGCAGACUCUUCCAUUUUUGAUUCUAAAGUUACUGAAACUUCCAAAGAAAACUUAUUUAUUGCAUCUACUUCAUAUGUUGAAGAAGAAAUGCCUCAGAUUGAAACAAGAGUGAUACUGGUUCAAGAAGCUGGAAAACAAGAAGAACUUAUAAAAGCCUUAAAGACUAUUAAAAUAAUGGAAGUCCCUGUUAUAAAGAUAAAAGAAAGUCGUCCUGGGAAAUCGGAUGACAAGUUACUAAGAAGUGUGGUUAAUAUGGACAUUAAAGUACCCUCUGUAAAGAUGGAAUCAAUGGAAGAAUUCGAAGGUUUGGAUUCUCCAGAGUUUGAAAAUGUAUUCGUAGUCAUGGACUUCCAGGGUUCUGUCUUCAGUGACUUACACAAGGCCGAUUGUAGAGUUAUUGGACCACCGGUUAUAUUAAAUUGCUCACAAAGAGGAGAGGCUUUGCCAUUUUCAUGUCGCCCGCUGUAUUGUACGAGUAUGGUGAAUCUAGUACUGUGCUUUACCGGGUUCAGGAAGAAGGACGAGCUAGUCAGGUUGGUGACAUUGGUCCAUCACAUGGGUGGAGUUAUUCGAAAAGACUUUAAUUCAAAAGUUACACAUUUGGUCGCAAAUUGUACACAAGGAGAAAAAUUCAGGGUUGCUGUGAGCCUAGGUACUCCAAUUAUGAAGCCAGAAUGGAUUUAUAAAGCUUGGGAAAGACGGAAUGAACAGGAUUUCUGUGCAGCAGAUGAUGAUUUUAGAAAUGAAUUUAAAGUUCCUCCAUUUCAAGAUUGUGUUCUAAGUUUCCUGGGAUUUUCAGAUGAAGAGAAAACUAAUAUGGAAGAAAUGACUAAAAUGCAAGGAGGUGACUAUUUACCAGUUGGCGAUGAAAGGUGCACUCACCUCGUGGUUGAGGAGAACAUAGUAAAAGAACUUCCGUUUGAACCUUUGAAGAGACUUUAUGUUGUCAAGCAAGAGUGGUUCUGGGGAAGCAUUCAAAUGGAUGCCCGAGCUGGAGAAACUAUGUAUUUAUAUGAAAAGGCUAAUACUCCUGAGCUCAAGAAAUCAGUGUCAUUGCUUUCGCUAAAUACACCAAACAGCACUCGCAAAAGACGUCGUUUAAAAGAGACACUUGCUCAACUUUCACGGGAGACAGACUUGUCACCUUUCCCUCCCCGUAAGCGGCCAUCAGCUGAACAUUCCCUUUCUAUAGGGUCACUCCUCGAUAUCUCCAACACACCAGAGUCUAGCAUUAAUUACGGAGAAACACCAAAGUCUUGUAGUAAGUCUUCCAAAACCUCCACUCCUGUUCCUUCAAAGCAGUCAGCAAGGUGGCAGGUUGCCAAAGAGCUCUAUCAGACUGAGAGUAAUUAUGUGAAUAUAUUGGCAACAAUUAUUCAGUUAUUUCAAGUACCAUUGGAAGAGGAGGGACAACGUGGUGGGCCCAUCCUUGCCUCAGAAGAGAUUAAGACUAUUUUUGGGAGCAUCCCAGAUAUCUUUGAUGUGCACACUAAAAUAAAGGAUGAUCUUGAAGAUCUAAUUGUUAAUUGGGAUGAGAGCAAAAGCAUUGGUGACAUCUUUCUUAAAUAUUCAAAAGAUUUGGUAAAAACUUACCCUCCCUUUGUGAACUUCUUUGAAAUGAGCAAGGAAACAAUUAUUAAAUGUGAAAAACAGAAACCAAGAUUUCAUGCCUUUCUGAAGAUAAACCAAGCUAAACCAGAAUGUGGACGGCAAAGCCUUGUUGAACUCCUCAUCCGACCAGUGCAGAGAUUACCUAGUGUGGCGUUACUUUUAAAUGAUCUUAAGAAGCACACAGCCGAUGACAAUCCUGACAAAAGCACUUUAGAAAAAGCUAUUGGGUCACUAAAGGAAGUAAUGACGCAUAUUAAUGAGGAUAAGAGAAAAACAGAAGCUCAGAAGCAAAUUUUUGAUGUUGUUUACGAAGUAGAUGGAUGCCCAGCUAAUCUUUUAUCUUCACACCGAAGUUUAGUACAACGAGUUGAAACAAUUUCUCUAGGUGAGCACCCCUGUGACAGAGGAGAACAAGUAACUCUCUUCCUCUUCAAUGACUGCCUGGAGAUAGCAAGAAAACGGCACAAGGUUAUUGGCACUUUUAGAAGUCCUCAUGGUCAGACCCGACCCCCAGCUUCUCUUAAGCAUAUUCAUCUAAUGCCCCUUUCUCAGAUUAAGAAAGUACUGGACAUAAGAGAGACAGAAGAUUGCCAUAAUGCCUUUGCCUUACUUGUGCGGCCACCAACAGAGCAGACAAAUGUGCUGCUGAGUUUCCAGAUGACGUCAGAUGAACUUCCAAAAGAAAGCUGGCUGAAGAUGCUGUGUCGACACGUAGCCAACACCAUUUGCAAGGCAGAUGCUGAGAAUCUUAUUUACACUGCCGAUCCAGAAUCCUUUGAAGUAAAUACGAAAGAUAUGGACAGUACGUUGAGCAGAGCAUCUAGGGCAAUAAAAAAGACUUCCAAAAAGGUUACAAGAGCAUUCUCGUUCUCCAAAACUCCAAAAAGAGCUCUGCGAAGGGCUCUCAUGUCAUCACAUAGCUCGGUGGAGGGACGAAGUCCUCCCGGCAGUGAUAAGCCUGCAGUGAGUCGUCUGUCCAGCACGUCUUCGUUAGCAGGUAUUCCAUCUCCCUCCCUUGUCAGCCUUCCUUCCUUUUUUGAGAGAAGAAGUCAUACUCUAAGUAGAUCUACAACUCAUUUGAUAUGAACAUUAAAAAUCUUAAGCUGUAGUAAUGUAUAAACACCUCAUACUCAAAUAAGAAACUGACUUAAAUGGUACUUGUAAUUAGCACUUGGUGAAAGCUGGAAAGAAGAUAGGUAACACUAAACUAUGCCAUUUGAUUUUCUUCUUGAAAGAGUAAGAUUUUUCUUACACGUUUGUAGUUAAUGCAUGUAAAAAUUUUAUUGAUUUUGAUGUAAUUUAUCUCUUUGCCUGAAUCCCUCACUCCAAAACCAAUAAUUUAAGUUAUUCAUGAUAUCAGUAGCUUUGCAACCUUUAUUCAGUAAGUAAAUUUCAUUGGUGGGUACCAGAUCCUGCUGUGAACCCGUUUGUAUAGUGUCCCUGGAUGAAUUUAUGGAAAUAGAGAUUUGUGUGUCUUAUUUUGUGCAGAGAUGAAAUAUUGCAGUACUCACUAGACAAAAACCUGCAUAGAUUCUUGAUUAAAUAGUGGAGUCUUAUUUCACUUGUGCUGUUUGAAGUAUUGAACUGCUCCUGUUGCAGUCUGUUUUCAAGACCUAGCAUGUGAAUUUGAAAAUGUUGCCCUUAUCAAUAAAAAUAACAAUGUAUAUUUUGUAAAAGCAAGACACUGGCAUAUACUUUAGCUACUUCAGAGACAUUGUUUGUAUGGUGAUGAUAGCUACUAGCAGGUCUUGGGCUAGUUUUAUACUGUGCAGAAUUUUAUUUUGAAUGAUAAGACCAUGGGAAAAUUGUGGGAAAGAUUGUUUAUAUCCUUUAUGAAAUACUUCUAAAGUUGCCAUUGGUUUUACUGAUCUGCUGCAAAAUGCAUAGGUAUGCAUAUGGUCAACUUUUUAUUUUGGUCUUACAAUUGAUGUAAAAUUGAAAAUGUAGUUGCCAUUUUGAAAUGUUUUUCAAAGCCUCAUGUUAUCUUUCACAAGUCUUUUUUUUUUUUUUUUUUAUAGUCAGUAGUACCGAAUAAUCAAGUUCCUGUGAAUAAGUGCAUUUGUAUUUCCUGCCUGUCUGGGGAGUACUGAGAAUGUUUAAUUGUCACUUAACACUUUUCAUUUACCUGCUUUAAUCGUUUAACUGACUA